CGGCGGCCAGUGACGUCACCGGCCCGGUGCUCCAUCGGUGGGCGGGGCGGCGCCGAGCGCGUGACGGCUGAGAGGCUGCGGGAGUCAUGGCUGCUCGCCGAGCCCUGCACUUCGUGUUCAAAGUGGGAAACCGCUUCCAGACCGCGCGUUUCUAUCGGGAUAUCCUGGGAAUGAAGGUUCUGCGGCAUGAGGAAUUUGAAGAAGGCUGCAAAGCUUCCUGUAAUGGGCCUUAUGAUGGGAGAUGGAGUAAAACAAUGGUGGGAUUUGGGCCUGAGGAUGAUCAUUUUGUUGUAGAACUGACUUACAAUUAUGGCAUCGGAGACUACAAGCUUGGCAAUGACUUCAUGGGUAUCACCCUCGCUUCUAGCCAGGCUGUCAGCAAUGCCAGGAAACUGCAGUGGCCACUCAGUGAAGUUGCAGAAGGUAUUUUUGAAACUGAGGCCCCAGGAGGAUAUAAGUUCUAUUUGCAGAAUCACAAUCUACCUCAGUCAGAUCCUGUAUUAAAAGUAACUCUAACAGUGUCUGAUCUUCAGAAGUCCUUGAACUACUGGUCUAAUCUACUGGGAAUGAAAAUUUAUGAAAAAGAUGAAGAGAAGCAAAGGGCUUUGCUGGGCUAUGCUGAUAACCAGUGUAAGCUGGAGCUACAGGGCAUCAAGGGUGCAGUUGAUCAUGCAGCAGCGUUUGGAAGAAUUGCCUUUUCUUGCCCCCAAAAGGAGUUGCCAGGCUUGGAAGACUUGAUGAAAAGGGAGAACCAGAAGAUUCUUACUCCUCUGGUGAGCCUGGAUACCCCAGGGAAAGCAACAGUGCAAGUGGUCAUUCUGGCUGACCCUGAUGGACAUGAAAUUUGCUUUGUUGGGGAUGAAGCAUUUCGAGAACUUUCUAAGAUGGAUCCAGAGGGAAGCAAAUUGUUAGAUGAUGUGAGUCUCAUUUCUAAAUUGACAUCACCAUAG